GAAAAAUUUAGCAACAACUUGAUUGAAGAAGAUCGCUUUAUUUGUAAAUAUUGAAUUUCAAAAUGAAAACAAAUAAGGAAUUUUGAGUGUACUUUUCAGAUAAAAGGCAGAACAAUUUUCGGUUUUCUAUUCUACCUUCGAAUGAUUUGAAGGUCUAAAGCAUUGUAACCGACGAAUUUAAACAGAAUUCGAACCAUGUUAAAAGGUUUAGUUUUGAUUUCUGUUCUACUUGUUGCGAGAACUGAUGUUUCCAGCGGUUUUCUGGUAAAUCCUGGAGAUUCGACAGAACUACUGGCAGAAUUUGGUCAAUUGAAGGAAGCUGUUUCCACAUUGACCAAUCAGGUCAGAUCUUCGUGUGGAUGUGCGUCCACCCUGGCGCCGCGUUGCCCGGAUGGCUGGACUAUGUUUGAUAAAUCCUGUUACUAUUUUGGUGUUGUUCCGAAGACCUGGCAGGACGCCGAAGUUGCCUGCGAGAGACUGAGCGGACAUCUUGCAACAGUUCACUCCGCCGAAGAGGAGAAAUUCAUCCUGGAUUAUGUCAAAAGUGAGAGGCAUGAUCUCGUGGAUUUGUCGCACGGUUACACUUGGAUUGGUGGCCACGAUUUCUUGGUAGAAAGCAAGUGGAUGUGGAUCACCGACGAGCAUUUCAAUUAUACCAACUGGAGAGCGGGAAACCCGAACAAUGGCAGAGGCGGAAACGGAAACGAGGACUGCCUUGACGUUAGUCUUGAUGGAUGGAACGAUAACGUCUGCUCCAGUAGACUGAACUACGUCUGCGAACGGAAAACGUUCUAUUGAUAUACAUAUAGACC